GCUGUGGGGGUCGGCGGCUUCGGCUCAUUUGCUUCGCAACAGAGGCGGAGCUCUGAUGCUCUCGUGUGUCCGUGUACGCAUGUCAAUAAAGUUUUUUCAAAUAGCUUAGUUAGCUUGUUGGAUAAUGGGUAGCAUCACUGAUGAUGAGGUCAUCCGGAAGCGUCUUCUCAUCGAUGGAGAUGGAGCUGGAGAUGACAGGCGCAUUAAUGUGCUUAUGAAGAGCUUUACCAAAUGGUGCCAUUCCAGUUUCUCACCAGAGGAAGGGUUCUCACAAUAUCAGAGGAUGGUGACCUCUUUGGCUCAGUGUGAGUUCUCCAUGGGGAAAACCCUGCUUGUGUAUGACAUGAACCUGAAAGAAAUGGAGAAUUAUGAAGCAAUCUAUGCAGAUAUUGAGAAAAGUAUAACAUCAGCCCAUGAAAAAAUUGCAGAGUGCAAAAAGGAAAUCCAGAGAGCAAAAAGGAUACGAAAAAACCGCCAAGAGUAUGAUGCUUUGGCCAGAGUUAUCAAGCAACAUCCAGACAGACAUGAGACCUUAAAGCAGCUUGAGGCUUUAGAAAAAGAGCUUCAGCAGCUUUCACACAUCAAGGAGAAUGUGGAGGACAAGUUAGAACUUCGCAAGAAACAGUUCCACGUCCUUCUCACCACGAUUCAGGAACUUCAGCAGACUUUGGAGAAUGAUGAGAAGAUGGAAAGUGAUGAUACACAGGACAGCCCGAUGGAAAAUGGAGACUAGAUUUACAUUUGUCCAGUUUUUCCUGAAGAUUUAUGUAUUACCCUCUUCUCUCAUUUUAGUCUCUUUUUUUCUUUAAGUUGAUUAUGUACAGAAUUAAAGUGAUUUCUUUACCAACUGAA